UCAUUGAUAUUUUGCAUCCUGUUCCCCCCUAUGAAUGAAAAUGAGCUAACCAGGCCGGAAGUCCACGGGAUUGAGAAGGUCAGGGUGUCGAAUUACACACAACCUAUGCCAUAUACGGAUUUUGAAGCCAUAGAUUCGCCUAAAGCACAGUUGUUUGGUUGGCCGCAUAACUUUUUUUCGCCAAGGGAGUAAGUAGUAUUUCAGCUGCACGCAGAUAGCGGGCGCGAUUUCUUCGUGAGGAAUUAUAUCUUUUUUGCUGUGUGAACACGGGAUGUGAAUGUUUUCUUGGUUGAGGCGGGAGAGAUGAUGUGGUUUACGUCAUUGUAAUUUACUUGACAUAAUUUUAUUGUCGUCUAUCUUUCAGUAUUUUGAGACUUGGAUAAAAUAACGAACUUGCUCUGUGGAAUACUUUGAAGAGAAUACAUGAUUGAAUAUUCAUUUGUGUCAAAGUAUGACGCUUAAAUGAUAUCAUCGAGAGGCCAGCGACAAACCCUGCCACCUCCCGAUGGCGAUGGAGGUAUAGUAACGCUGGACCAAGUGCGGCCUCAUCCGCGUACUCAGAACGAGUAUGUGGAGGGGCCAAAGUUUCCCCUUCGAGAAACAUCACACCCCAGCCCCGGAGUCCCUAUCUCCAAUCGUGUAGCCUUGCCUCUGAGACAAUCAGGGCUUCGCAGUUUAAAUGAAACUCUUAUUACAAGACAGCCUGUGUCCAUUUCUCCACCGUUAAAAAAGGAGCCUAUUGCAGAGGUUGACAAUGACAUUAUUUGUGCAAAAUGUGGAAAGUGUAAGUGUGGUUCUUGCACAGAACCUCAAAAACUGCCCCAGCGUUGGUGUUGCGGAGAUAAAUGUCAAGUGUCACCGGAUUGUAUUGUGGACACAUGCACAUGUUUCUGUUGUGUGAAGGCUGUGUUUUAUCACUGUGGGAAGGACCAAGACGAUGAUGAGGACAUGUGUUACAUGCAUCCGUGUGCAGGGUGCACCAAACCACAGUGCGUGAAAAGGUGGACAUGCAUGGCCCUGAUGGCCUGUUGCCUGCCAUGUCUUUGCUGUUACUGGCCAGCCCGAGGUGUUUUAAAAGCUUGCACCUCGUGCUACAACAAGUGUCGCAAGAAAGGUUGCCAGUGCACGACAAGGCAAGCAAAAAAAACUAUUGAGAAAAACGGGUCACCUCUUACUAGAGGACUACUUAUUGAAUCCGAUUCAAGUAGUGCGUAAUUUGAUGAGGGCAAAAAAAAAAACAAGCAACCUCUAAUGUAUUUGUUAUUGUGUGAUAUGAGCCAUUUUACCCUUUUGGGACUUUUGCUGUUAUAAUGUGCAUAUAUGUCCCAUUGUUAUUUCAGAAUGUAUAUUGUUGGAUUUAUUAAUAUUUUUGUAGAUGUAUUAUGCAUCUAUGGAAAAAGUAUUCGUCUCCAUCUGUUUUUUGUUUUCGGAGUAUUACCCAGUAAAUGCCUUUUUUUUCAAGUGUUGUAUGUGCCAAUGUGAAAUGGGGAUUCUAGUGGGGGCAUUCUAUUCUGGAUUUCUGCAGAAUUAAUUUUUGUCGACAUAAAAUAUUGCCAUCUCUUCUAGUGCUGGAUUUACACUUGACUUUUAACCAAAAUGGAUAAAUGUUGUGUUAGAAGCCUUGAUAUUGAUUUUAUUCUCUUCCUCUGCAAACUGGAUUUAUAAUUCUGUGGAAUAAUUCUAACUGAGCUGGAACUGCCACCAGUAAAAUGGAUCUUAUCAUGGUAUCGAUUUUGGGCUUUUACUUUUGCAUGACAGAUUUCUUUCUUGCAGCUGAAAUUAUGUUUUUAAAUAAACACUAAACUAUAAUUAUCAAUAUGCAUGUUGUUAAGUCUCUACAAUUUCCUCUCUCUCUGUUUGUAUGCACAUUUUAGACUUGAACAAAGAAAACUGUUUUACCCAUAAUACAUUGUGCAUCUAGUUAUUUGUUUCAUCUCAACCAGUCGUGUUCAUUUUCGUUACAGUACUCAUUUUUUUUAUUUAUCAGCUGUUACUUUGUUACACUGCCAUAAGAUUUUCUCAUGCUAAAAUUGUUGAACAAUGAUUUUAAUUAUGUACCGAUGUUAGAUUUUAACAAAAAUAACAUCAGAUUUCAAAAAGUGCUCAUAGGCAGGCGAGUCAGGUUACUUUUACAAUUUAGAUCUUUGUUUUUACAUGUGCUUCAAUUUACCGUAAAUUCCAUGUUUUAAUUAUUUCUUAAGUGGGAAAAAAGAUUGAGAUAAUAUUUUUUAUUUAGUUGAAACAGAAAAUGCCAAGCCAUUUUUUGUACAUUGUAUCAAAUACAUGUGCGGCGUAUUUUAUUUGUUGUACAUUUUAUAAAUAUCAAAUCAUUUUUGUUUCAUAAAUACAAUCAUGCAUUCAAACUUCUGUGAUUUUUCUAAACGUGUAUUUCACAUAUAAUUAUACAAAACAUCAAGCACUACAUUUUUUUUCUCACUAUUUUUUAACUGAGGAGGGCAAUUUGGACGAGAGAUGAGAAGAAUUUGGUACAUCAGUCUGUUUUCAUUUGUUAUAGAUACAUUGGUAUUGUAAAGGUACACCUAGCUGUAUCUUAAUUUGAAUUUAAAUCUGUGUCAAAUUUUUCUUACUAAAAUUUUAAUUUUUUUUCUGCUAUCAUUCAGUAAAACCAGCAGUGUUUUAAUGUUUAUGACAAACUUUUAUAUUGUUAAUUGUGUUGAUAUGAAAAGAGAAGGUGUAAAUUUGUGACGUACUUUUGGAACUUCUUUGCAAAAUGCAUCAUUGUUAUAUAGUGAACAGCUUAUAGUAACAGCGUUAUGCGAUCAAAUUGUUGUAUAUACAAUAUAAAACAUCCUUAUGGAAAUGAAA